CGCUCUGAUAACAGAGAGCAGAGGAACAACAAGGCUGAAGCUUCACGCCUCGUUUUCCCUCCAACAGGAAUUAUUGACCUUCGUCUGGUUUUUCUGGCUCCUUUCAGCCGUUUGACUUAGUUAAAGUAAGUUAAAGUUAAUUAAAGUUAGUUAAAGUUAGUUAACGUUAGUUAAAGUUAAUUAAAGUUAGUUAAAGUUAGUUAAAGUUAGUUAAAGUUAGUUAAAGUUAAUUAAAGUUAGUUAAAGUUAGUUAAAGUUAGUUAAAGUUAAUUAAAGUUAGUUAAAGUUAGUUAAAGUUAGUUACAGGGUCAGUAAGCCGAUUAGCUAAAGCAGUGAUAAAAUGGUUGAUUAGAGCCGGACCGACUGCGGGAAGAGUCUGGACCUCGGUGACUCGGGGCAGGAUGCUGUCCAAGAAGGAGAAGAAGCUGAUUAAGGAGAUCUGGGAGCGUCUGACUCCGGUGGCCGAAGACAUCGGCUCUGAAGCUCUGCUCAGGAUGUUUGCUUCGUAUCCGGGCACCAAGACGUAUUUCUCCCACCUGGACAUCAGCCCUGGCUCCGCCCACCUCUGCUCCCACGGGAAGAAGAUCGUCCUCGCCAUCGCCGAGGGCGCCAAGGACAUCAGCCAGCUGACCGUCACGCUGGCGCCGCUGCAGACGCUGCACGCCUACCAGCUGCGCAUAGAUCCCACCAACUUCAAGCUGCUCUCUCACUGUAUGCUGGUCACGCUGGCCUGCUACCUGGGGUCAGAGUUCACGCCGGUCGCUCACGCUGCCAUGGACAAGUUCCUGUCAGCCUUCGCAGCCGUUCUCUCAGAGAAAUACAGAUGAGACUCAGCCACCGUUCCAGAUCAUAUUAACAUGUAAAUGAUGUCUUGUGUUAUUGUUUCAUGGGUUUUGUUAUAAUAAACAACUGCAGCAUAAAUGAGUCAUGUUUGUUUUUAUUGUAUAAACAUUUAUUAAACACGUCGUUUGUCUUUCUUUGUGUCUCCUGGUGAAAUGCUGAUUGUGCUUAUUAAAUUUUAUGUUGACACAAUUAAUUAUAGUUUCAUGAACAUAAACUAGAGAUGAUAAAAAGAUUUUAAAACUUAUUUUAUGAAAAUCUUUUUCAUGUUGAUUUUAAAGCACAAGCAUUAAUAUAUUCAGAUUUCAAUGUUGAUUCUAAUUUCCUGGAGUUUAUUUGUGAUGAACCACAAGGCUGUGAGCUCGGUCCAAAAACCUUUAUUGUUAUGCAGAAACAUAAACAUUUCAGAUUAAAGAACUAUUAAUGAAAA